AUGAACCUGGACGCUGAGAACAGAGUGGUGCUGAACGUGGGAGGGAUCCGGCACGAAACAUACAAGGCCACCCUCAAGAAGAUUCCCGCCACCCGUCUUUCUCGUCUGACGGAAGCUCUGGCCAACUACGAUCCCGUUCUGAACGAGUACUUCUUCGACCGCCACCCCGGCGUCUUUGCGCAGAUCCUCAACUACUACCGUUCGGGGAAGCUACACUACCCCACAGACGUUUGCGGUCCCCUCUUCGAAGAGGAGCUGGAAUUCUGGGGGCUGGACUCAAAUCAGGUGGAACCCUGCUGUUGGAUGACAUACACUCAGCAUCGCGACACGAAAGAGACGUUGGCCGUGCUCGACCAACUGGACUUGGACACGGAACGACCCACUGACGAGGAGGUGGCUCUCAAAUUUGGCAUGGAGGAGGAGUUUCGGGCGGGGACGCUCUCCUGCUGGCAGAAGGUGAAGCCCCGCAUAUGGGCCCUCUUCGACGAACCCUACUCGUCUACUCCUGCUAAGGUGAUCGGCAUCAUGUCCGUGUUCUUCAUCUGCGUGUCCAUCCUGUCGUUCUGCCUGAAGACGCACCCCAACAUGCGCGUGCCCGUCAUCCGCAACGUGACUGUGCGCACGGGCGGCGGCAACGGCACGGUCUCGGCCUGGACCCUGGACAAGACGCACACCUACCCGCACGACGUGUUCUUCUACAUCGAGUGCGUGUGCAACGCCUGGUUCAGCUUCGAGAUCGCGGCCCGCUUCGUGGCCAGCCCGCGGAAGGGCGAGUUCGCCUGCGGGGCCGUCAACCUCAUCGACUUCACAGCCACGCUCUCCUUCUACAUCGACCUCGCCCUGCAGAGGUUCGCCUCGCACCUCGAGAACGCGGACAUCCUCGAGUUCUUCUCCAUCAUCCGGAUCAUGCGGCUCUUCAAGCUCACCAGGCACAGCGCUGGCCUCAAGAUCCUGAUCCAGACGUUCAAGGCCUCAGCCGGCGAGCUCAUCCUGCUGGUCUUCUUCCUCGUCCUGGGUAUCGUCAUCUUCGCCUCCCUCGUCUACUACGCAGAGAGGAUACAGUACAACCCCACCAACGACUUCAACUCCAUACCGCUCGGUCUGUGGUGGGCCCUGGUCACCAUGACCACAGUGGGCUACGGGGACAUGGUGCCCAAAACGUAUGCCGGCAUGUUCGUGGGCGCCCUCUGCGCGCUGGCCGGCGUGCUGACCAUCUCGCUGCCCGUGCCCGUCAUCGUCUCCAACUUCGCCAUGUUCUACUCGCACACGCAGGCACGGGCCAAGCUGCCCAAGAAGAGGAGACGUGUGCUGCCCGUCGAACAGGUGAGGGGACACGGGGCCCGUCCCGGCCCGGAGCCCCCGCCAGCAGCGGCCCAGCGGAGGAUGAACGCGCUCAAGCAGAACAUGCCCAAGGACUUCCUCGGACCCAAGACAGGGUCAGGGAGUCGAGAAGAAACUAUUCCAAUGCUGAUGCUGAACCAUUCCGAUGGCCGAGAGGACUCCUUGCCCAGGCAGGUUGAACCCAGGACCGAACCCGGAACCUCUUCCAACAACAACCACUGCUCCAGGCAUCCGGCCACCAGCAACGGUGUCCCAAGCCCCGCUGGAAGCCAACGACCAGCCUACUCGCAGCCUGCGGCCCUGAAUCUGAUGCAGUUCACGGAGCCCGGUGGGCCAUCGCCUCCGAAGACGCCCUCUCCGGCUUCCGUGGCGGCUGCUGAAGCCUGAGACGUAUACGGCCGCGCGUUAUCCCCACACGACCACAAAUGAUGAACCCGCACGUUAAUGGUUCACGCACUGGAGGACAGCAAUCCGCCUUCGAGUCGAAGCUCAAUGUGGCGAACGAACAGAAAUGAGCGAAGCACAGGGAACUGGUAAAGUUGAUUUUGAACACAGAGAAUUUUAUUCUCGUCACCUGAUGCAGUGGUCUGUAUUUGAAAAAUCUAUCACGGACAUUCGAGAUCUACUAUCAUAUCAGAUCGACUACUAUGCAUUAUUAGGGAACAUAUGAACAAACUAUGUCGUAUUUCAUCGGGCAGCAAGAAAAACUGAAAUAUUUUAUUACAAUUGUUUACUGCAUGUCCGACCAUUAGUGACAGAUCCGAUGAGAGCGCCAUUUUGGAUCUCCAUAUUGGAGACAUAAAAGAAAUAUGUACUACGCUGAAUUUGAGUUUAUCAAAU